CUUUGUGCAACGGUUACCGGAAACGGGUCCGAGUGAGACCUCUUCAACUCAGCCCCUCUCUUUGAUGUCCACGUCCCCGUGGUGUCCGUGUCCUGCCGGCUGCGAUGUGUUACGCGCCUCAGCUUUAGAAAAAAAAAAACAGAGAAGGAAAACUUCAUAGAAAUGGCGGAGGGUACUACGACUCUCAAAGGCUUGCGAGCCCAAAUGGCUGCAGCUGCACAGGCACAAGCCGAGGAGCGGCGCAGCCUGGCCGGGAACAGUCCAGGACCUACAACCAGCACAUCAGCUAAACCUCAGGGGUGUAGGCCAGUCAUUGACGGUGCCGCGCUUAGAAUAGACGACCGACUGCGGGUGGCAAAAGAGAGGCGAGAGGAGGCAGACAGACAACAGGCUUUGCGAGAGUCUCAGAUCAUGGAGCGGGAGCGCAAGGCCAAGCUGCAAGUAGAACGUCAGAUGGAGGAGCGUCAGAAAAAGGUUGAGGAACAACGACGAAAGGAGGAGCAGAAACGAUUGGCUGUGGAAGAGAAGAGGAAGCAGAAACAGGAAGAGGAAAAGGAGCACUACGAGGCAGUGAUGCGGCGGACAUUAGAGCGUAGUAAUCGAGUGGAUCAGAGGCAGAAAAGAUGGUCCUGGGGAGGCCUGUCAGAAUCAGAUGGACGAACAGGAGACUCUGAUGCCGGCUCCUCAUCUCCAGUAACUAUAGUUAUUUCCUCUCCCUCGCCAGAAAAGCCACCAAGGAGUAGACAAGUGGACAAGCGCUCCACAUCCACCAUGAACCUGAAACAGCCGUCUGAGGCUGGCAUCAGCAAACGCCUAUCCUCUUCCUCUGCCACCCUCAUCAAAUCUCCUGACAAAAGUGUUAGGCCGAGGAGUUCGUCUUGUAACCGGUUGCCUAGCAAUGGCAAUGCUGCUCAGGCCAGUAAGGAAGAUGGCAAAAAGCUUCAGGUGGAAAAGACAGGCCGUUCCAUGAAGAAGAGAAGUUCCUCCCUCACACGAGUAAGUGUGGGCAGAGCACAGACCCCUGCCAAGCCUGAUAAGGGGACAACGGAUGAUCAAGCUCGCAGGCCACCGGCCAGCACUGAGGACGGAGGGGUCCUUAGUCGCCUGCUCACCCCAACCCAGGCCUCACUAGCUAGGAGCAAGAGCGCCGCCGUCCUUUCAGCCCAAGGAACAAAUGCUCCAGAGUAUCACCUGUGUCCUCGCUCAGCCUCUGCCAGUCCCCUGCACCCACCGCGUGGACCUGUGCGCAGUCGCAGCAUUGACCGACAGAAGAGCGGCAUGACCACCUCUGUGUCGGCCGAUGGAGCCCUCGACCCUUCGAUGAAGGACAAGCAGUUAACAUCACCUGGAGGGCAACGUCCCGCAUCCCCAUCCACUACACUGGGGCGCAACCGUUCACCAUCUCCAGCCCCCAGUUCCACCCCAAAGAGGACCCCCUCCCCAGCAGCAACCAAGCAAAGUUCCAAGACACGCCCACCCUCACCUGGUGCAAUGAAACAACGUCCCCCAUCCCCCCAGCCUAAACCUCCACCUAUCCAGAAACCAGCUCUCACUCCAACAGGGCCCCCCACCUUGCGAAAGAGGGACUCCAAGUCCAAGGAUCUGUGUCCUGUCCAGGCGGUGUCUCCACAGUCCUCUGAUUCCAGCAAGACCAAAGAGAAAGAUGCCUCGACGGGCACCAACUCUGCAGCAGAGGCAGCCAAGAUCCUGGCGGAGAACCGCAGACUGAUGCGAGAGCAGAAAGAGAAAGAGGAGCAGCUCAGGAUACAGAGGGAGGAGGAGGAAAAGCUGAGGAAGGAAGAAGAGAAUCGUUUAGCGGAGGAGGCUCGACUGAAACGAGUGGAGGAGGAGAAGAAGCUUGCAGAGGAGAGGAAAAUCAAAGAAGAGGAAGAUGCGCGUCUGGCAGAGGAGGAUCGGGUGAGACUGGCCGAAGAGGAGGCACUGAAACAGGCCGAGCUCCAGAAGGAACGCGAGGAGGCCGAGGCCAAGGCCCUGGAGGAGGCAGAGAGAGUCCGUCAAGAGAGAGACCGCAUCAUGCAGCAGAACCAGCAAGAACGAAUGGAGAGGAAGAAGAGGAUUGAAGAGAUAAUGAAGAGAACAAGAAAAGGGGAGCAAAAUGACUUGAAGAGAGAGGCAGAAGAUGAUGAUAAGGAGGAGAAUGAAGAUGACGGGGACCAGAUAAACUCUGAAACCAUGAGCCAGACAGAUGAGCUCCCCAUAGAAGCUGACGCAGAUGAGUGUGGUCUGUCUUCUGGUGAGCCGGUGGAACAGCGAGAGGCACCCCUGGGCAGUGUGAAUGGAAAACUGGAGACAGACAACAAGGAGAAUAACAAUGGCAUAAGCACAGAUGAGACUCAGGCAGUAAGUCCAGCACCUAAGGGCCGCCACGUCGAGGGAUCGGAGUUCCUGAAUGAGCAGGACUCCACCAAGGUGGGAUUGGUGUCAGGUCUUAACGGUAAAUCCAACCAGUGGAACUUUGAGGAACUCAUUGACCUGAACGUCCACUCCAAGACUCGGCCCCUCAUCGACGCAGAGGACUGUAACCAGGUCUUGAUUAACUGUGACGGGAGCUCAGAUGGGACCAGGGUCGCCUUCGAGGACAAGGGAACCCCCGUCAAUGCCCUGCAUUCCUCUAAUCAACCCAUAGAAGCCCUGUCAGAGAUUUGAUGCUGCAGCCGCCGCUGAGAAGCCUCUUACUGUUACUUAUUGUGUGCACUCGUAAAGGUCUUGUCCAGCAGAGCUCCUUUAAAAAAAAAAAUCCUCUACCUGUUCCAAACAGCUUUCUGAUCUUUCUCCUCCUCCUCUUCCAGAGGGAGGAGCACAAGGUGAAGCGGAAAGACCACCCCAAGUGCUACAUUUGCACCCUAAAUGAUGAGGAAACAAAUAUUACAAUAUAUGUAAACAAAAAAAGCGUUAGGCUUCAGGGAAGUUCCAUAUGUUCCUUCAACGUGCUUGCUUCAGGUCUCUUUCCUCUUCCUCUUGUGUUUAGUUCUUCUCCAGAUUUUUUCUGUGUUGUGUCCAAUGUUGAUGAUGUUUUUUAAGAGUUGUCUUUGUCAGGGGUGUAUUGAUGUAAUUUAUUAAUUUUGGCUUCUGUGUUGUUGUAAGUAUUAUAUGUUUAGUCUUUUUUUUUUCUUUUUCUUUUUGUUUCUCUUGUAUGAGAAAAUUCCAGGACACAUGCACAUUAGGCUGUUUGAACUGAAUAUAAGAUUAAUAUUGUGAGUUAAUGGAAGGAACGUUAAUACAUUCUGUUCUGUCUCGGCUUUGGUGGGGAUAGCGUCCCAGGUUAUUGCAUGCGAUUCAUCUAAAUUAACUUGACCGGCUGCUUUUGUAGCAUCCAGCAAUAUGGCCUUACCACUCCCCCCCCCCCCCCCCCCCCCCCCCCCCCCCCCCCAACUUCUAAUUCUUAACUGUGAAUAUACUAAAUUGCUUGUUCUGAAGCUCACACACGCACACUUGAGCAAUCAUCCGUCAUGUGCUUACACUUGAGGAGUUGAUUCUGUAUUCACACAUCACUUCACCUCACAGAGCUGUGUCCUUUCAGCCCCAUUUAUUUUUGUACACAACAAGCACCUGUCACUGUGUUUAUUCUUUGACCACCAGAGGGCUUCAGGAGCACCAACUCCAAUUGUAACAUUUGAAGCAGAUCUACAUUGCUGGUCAUGACAACACUCUAGUGUAUUCGCAUGUUAAGUGAUGUUUCAGCAGUUUGUUGAUUUAGGGCUUAUGGUAGGGUUUGUUAUUUUUUUACAUAUGUAUAUAGAAUUUAUGUUUACUAACAACAUCAUUGUAAUUUACACCAGAAGAAGAGUUGCAUCGAGUUUUAGUCUCAUCUUGAGCUACAGUUUCAAUAAGCGUAACUGUAACAUACUACUAACAGGUGAAGUCCAUUAGUUUCAUUCAUAGCUGCUUCUGAGCUUCUAAAGACGUUAUGUGUUUGUUACUGAACUGAACAUGAAUGUACAGCUGUUCCGUCACGAUGACCAGAGUUGCCCCAAAUCAGGCUUUCAAUUAUCUGGUUUUAACUUAAGCUGUACCAACACAUCCACUAACACUUUUCCAUCUAUCCUUCUGUCGGUGUGGCUCUUUCUUUAAUUACAUUUAAUUCUCAUUAACCUUUUGAAAAUUCCCAACACAUUAGCUGCUACAUCAGACAAAAUACAUUUCAACUAUUUUGUAUAAACUAAAAUUUGGCGUUUUUUGUUUAUAUAUGAAAAUACAUUUCUACAUAUAUUUAAGUGUUAUUGUAUUGUGUAUAAAUCAGUAUUAGGCAAAUGAAGCCAUGUUUAGGAUGCGGUGGUGUCAGGAUGUGGAUAAUCUGCAUAUGUGACUGUGCUAUAACCUAGGUUUCUGUUUGACUCGUGCCCUAUGACCAGGUAGUCAGGUCACAUUUGGGCAGCCUUGAAACCCAAAAUUUACAUAAAACCCUCUGCAAAGCAUGGGGCCAAGUGGGGACCCACUAUUUGUUUCUCAAAAUAUGGUGUGUGCAUUUGUGUGUAUGUUCGAGACACAUAUCCCCAAGCACUUAUUCUAAAUAUGGGCUCGAGUUGACAUUUUGAUGGCAAGCAGAGUUGUUACAGCCUUAAACAACAUGUCUGACCCAUGAUAAUGGCUGUGCCUCUUUAUGAUGCUUUAAUGUCGUUAAAAUAUGUUUUAGAUUAUGUCAAAAGAUGUGUGGAUUUUUUUGGUUAGUUAUGGUUGGUUUAUCAGCUCAGGUCGCAAAUAUUCUACUUUGUAAUAUGAGGCAGGGCACGUCCUCCAAACAGAAAAUGACGUGGGUCAGACAUGUUGUUUUCUGUCUCUUCUGGAUUUAUAAAAUGUUUUAAACUCUUGAAUUUCCCUAUGCUUGAAUAGUCCAAGCACGAGGUUUGGGGACCUUGAUUUUUGCCUUGCUGUCUGCCGGAUUUCGCACCCUCUUGCUAACUCAAAUGUCUUUGUACAUAAAGACUGGGGGCUUUUAGAUCUUAGCUUUGAUUAAUGAGCUCAAAGAAUGUAACAGACUCCAUAAACCGUCCUUCAUUAUUUACCAUGUCUCGCAGAGCUGCCUCCUUUUAGCUUUCAUACAUUAUUCAUCUUAAAAACAUGACUCAGAAAUUACUCGCUAUGUUUAAACUCACUGGUUUACUGAGGAGAGGCUUUAUUGUACAGAUUCGAAAGAGAGUUGUGUGAUAUUCUGGAAGACAGUCAUUUGUUUGUUCCUUCACAGAUAUUUAGAAGUCUCAUUCAUAACCCAAAACCUGCUUAUACCCAAACUCCCCACAAACCUUUCCUACUCCUUUCCCCACUCAUGAGUAGCACCUGUUGUGGGGCUGUUGUAGCUGCUGCUCGAACAGAUACUGUAUCUAUUCCCGGUCCUGCUGCAUCUUUGAGGGCUUGAGUACAGAGCUGACUGCUCUUAGUCCUUAACGUUGUCUAUAACAAUAGGAUAGAAUGGUGCCUUAGAUUUGAGAUUUAGUAUUUUUAUUGAAUAACAGUUAACUAUGAAAGCUUGUCCUUACCUCGGCCUCGACAAUCAGUCCAUACAACCAGGGCAACUUUGUGAAUAUGAAUAUUUCUCUGGAAGAUUUACAAACCUAACAGCGCCCUGUCCACAGAUAAAAUUUGUACUGUAAAUAUAUCUAAAGUGUACUGAGAUGAUACAAACUGUUAAAACAAUAAAGUCUUGCAAAAAUA